AUGCUCAGAGCAGUAACAAGCAUUUAUAUCGAGAGACAAUCAAUUGCUCGAAAAGAUAUUUUUAAAGUGUUUCGCGUAUGUUCUUAUUCGAGUGCCUCUUCUGGAGAUCAACGCACAAGGAAAUUGAAAAAAUACAAAACGACUGUUUUGAGUCAUCACAAUAGUAUAAGGAAUCCCAAUGGUGAGCAAACGCGCCCGCCCCCAGCCGGCGCGGCGGGCGUCGGCGCAGUCCCGGGGGGCGCCGCCCGGCCGCCGCCGCCCCCUCCCCGCUCGCCGCGCACCUGGUCUGCCCUAGCCGCCCUUGCAAUCACAGCAUCACUUGGUGGUGUAUACUACUACCGUAAGCAGAAUGAUAUUCCUGAAGACACAAUUACAGCCAAAGAUGAGAGUAAUGUAAACGCGAAAGCCGGGGAGGGUGACGAGAGAGAGGAGGCGGCGAGCCCCGCCUCGGCGGAGGCGCUGCCGGCGCACGUGCAGUACCUGCUGGUGGGCGGCGGCACCGCCUCCUUCGCCGCCAUGCGCGCCAUCCGCAGCGCGCGACCCGACGCGCAGGUGCUCAUCGUGGCGGCCGAGCCCGCGCUGCCCUACAUGCGCCCGCCGCUCAGCAAGGAGCUGUGGCGCGAGCGCGACCUGGCGCGCCAGGCCACGCGCCCCGACGCGCUCGCCUUCCGCCAGUGGAACGGCCGCCGCCGCCCCGUGCUCUACGAGCCCGCCGCCUUCUACACGCCGCCCGAGCGUCUGCGCGAUGCCGCACCCGGCGCCGGCGUGGCGCGCGGCUGGCGCGUGGUGCGCCUCGACCCCGCGCGCCACGCGGCCGAGCUGGCGGCGGGUGCGGGACCGGCGGGCGCGCGCCAUACGCUCACUUACGACAGGGCGCUGGUGGCGACGGGCGCGCGGCCGCGGCGCGUGGCGGCGCUGCGCGCGGCGGCCGCGGCGGGGCGCUCGCUGGCGCUGCGCGGCGUGCGCGACGUGGCGCGCCUGGCCGCGGCGCUGGACGACCCCGCCACGCGCACCGUCGCCGUCGUGGGCGGCGGCUUCCUCGCCACCGAGCUGGCGGCCGCGCUAGCCGAGCGACUGCGUGAGGAGGGCAAGCGCGUGGUGCAGGUGUUCCGUGAAGAGGCGCCGCUGACGCGCGUGCUGCCGGCGUACCUGGCGGCCGAGGCGGCGCGGCGGCUGGCGGCGGCCGGCGUGGAGCUGCGCGCGCGCCGCGAAGUGACCGGUGGCGCGCUGCGCGGCGGCCGCGUGGCGCUGGCGCUGGCGGCGCCCGGCGCGCGCGGCGCGGUCGGGGAGGGGGAGGGUGGGGAGGAGCUCGAGGCGGAGGUGGUGGUGGAGUGCGUGGGCUGCGAGCCGGCGGCCGAGCUAGCGCGCGCGGCGGGGCUGGAGGUGCACGAGGCGCUAGGCGGCGUGGUGGUGAACGCCGAGCUGCAGGCGAGCUCCGACGUGUUCGCGGCCGGCGACGUGGCCUGUUUCUACGACCCGGCGCUGGGGCGGCGCCGCGUGGAGCACCACGACCACGCCGUAGUGACGGGCCGCCUCGCCGGCGAGAACAUGGCCGCCGUCGCGCCGCCCAAGCCCUACACUCAUCAGAGCAUGUUUUGGAGCGACCUCGGCCCGCAGCUCGGCUAUGAGGCGAUAGGUAUUAUAGACUCGCGGCUGCCGACGGUGGGCGUGUUUUCGGCGGAUGCGGUUGGAGACGAGGUGGCGGUGCGCGGCGCGGUUAGCGCGGCGGGGACGGAGGCCGGGACGGGGGCGGAGGCCGGGACGGGGGCGGAGGCCGGGGCGGGGGCGGAGGCCGGGGCGGAGGCGGGGGCGGAGGCGGAGGCCGGGGCAGGGGCGGCGGCCGAGGCGCGCGAGGCGCCGCAGCGCUUCGAGCGCGGCGUGGUGUUCUACCUGCGCGACAAGCGCGUGGUGGGCGUGCUGCUGUGGAACCUCUUUAACCGCAUGCACGUCGCGAGACAGGUGUUGGCGCACGGCGAGUUUGAAGAUCUCUUUGAAGUCGCUAAACUAUUUUCACCGCAUGAGGAAGAU